AGUCCUGCUUUCCGCAAUUAACACGCGCAGACACAGCGAGCAGUUCACUUUAGACGUGCAGGCCGUGCUGAAGUGGCCAUGCGCCUCGCCGCUGUGGUGCUGCGCAACACGCCGCCAGGUUUCUUCACGCCAACUUAGCAACUCAUCACACGGAUUUAACGGUCGGUGAAGAGUCCGGGGUUUUUCUCUCUUUUUUCAGGUGCUAACGAGGUUUUGAAAGCCGCUUCAGACGACAUGCAAGAAGGUGGUGGAUAAUGUCAGCUGCACAGCUCGUCCUGGGUGUCUGACGGACGCUAUGGAUUUGCUCUGAUUGCUGAUUUCCUUUCCGAUACGGCGUCGAAUGGCUGCGACUCCCACUUCGAGGGCUGCGAACACUCCGCGGAAAACUGCCUGCUAGUCUACAGUGAGGAUUUAACUGGAAGGCUGAAGGAGAGGAGUAAACAAACAAACAAACAAACACAAGAACAGCUCUGCGCUCGUGUUGCGCUGUAUGGACAGAGAGCCGCGACCAUGGAGCACACGGGCAUCGAAGAGGUGAACCAAACGCACCAGCAGCACGAGCCCAUCAGCUUCGGGAUCGACCAGAUCCUGAACAACACGGAGCAGCCGAGCAGCUGCAUGGUGCCGAGUAGAGCCAGCGAGCCGGACUAUCCGCUGGCCUCCGGCGUGUACGCCAACGGCUACAACGGCGUGUAUAGCCCGGCCUGCUCCAUGGCGCCGGGCCUGGCGGGCUCCUAUAACGUCAACAUGAACAUGAACGUGAGCAUGAACAUGAACGUGAACGUGAGCUCGGGGAACGCAGGGGGAGUUAUCCGCGUGCCCGCGCACAGGCCCAUGCCCCCCGUGCACCAUCAGCCACCCGCCGCCCAUCCAGCGAGCAUCGCGGCCGGACUGCCCACAGUGCCCACGGUGCCCAGCAUGGGCAGCCCGUCCAGCUUCACCUUUCCCUGGAUGGAGAGUAGCAGGAGGUUCGCCAAGGACAGACUCACUGCCGCGCUCUCUCCGUUCUCCGUAACGCGGCGGAUCGGUCACCCGUACCAGAACCGCACGCCGCCCAAGCGGAAAAAGCCGCGCACCUCCUUCAGCCGCGUGCAGAUCUGCGAGCUGGAGAAGCGCUUCCACCGGCAGAAGUAUCUGGCGUCGGCGGAGCGCGCGACACUCGCAAAAGCGCUGAAGAUGACGGACGCGCAGGUCAAGACCUGGUUCCAGAACAGGAGGACAAAAUGGAGGAGACAGACGGCUGAGGAGCGAGAGGCGGAGAGGCAGCAGGCGAACCGCUUAAUGCUUCAGCUCCAGCAGGAGGCUUUCCAGAAGACCCUGAGCCAACCCCUCCAGCCGGACCCUCUCUGCCUCCACAACUCGUCCCUCUACGCCCUGCAAAACUUACAGCCCUGGGCAGAGGACAACAAGGUGACCUCCGUCACCUCAGUCGCAUCUGUGGUCUGACCCACGCCUGCCAUUUGUGUUUGUUAAUGAGAAAGGAAAAAGGAUUUUAUAGUCAGGGUGUAAUAGGAUUAUGGGACAGCAGUUAGGGGGGGACAUUUUGGGUGGAUCUCAGCCACAUUCAUUUGGACUGGUUUCAAGAGCCUUUAUUCUAAGCCAUAAGUUUAAAAAAAAACAUAUUUAUUUUGUGAAACUCUAGCAGAGAAUCUCACCUCAUGCAGUCCCGAUCUUUGUGUUCUUUUCCAGUCACACACAUAUAUAUACAUGGAAAGAAUUUAGGCUUUAUUUUCAAUGAUGGUGUGGAUUCAGCUUCCUCUUUGUAAUGAGAUAAUGCUGGCUGGGAAGAAAUGUGGGGGAGGUCAGUGACAAAUGAGUAUGUUGGGCAUUUCUUCAUUCCCAAAUGGACUGUAACAGAAAAAAAAACAAAACAAACACACUCCUUUUGCUGAUAAAUAUUGUUGUUCCCACCUGAAUCCGGUCAUUUGUUUCAUCCCUCACCCUCCGUUUUCACUCCUCUUCCUUCAGCUGCCUGUCUAACAGAGGGCGGGACCGCGUUGUCCCUUCCGACCCGAAACCCCGCGGAGCUGUAUGAUGAAUUUCACCCAUCAAGACGGCUGCUUGUCUACGUGCUGUUUGGCAUCGGCCAGACCGACGCAGCCAGUGACUCGUUUGUUCUUGUUGUUUUGCUUUGAACUCUGUAAGAUGUGUUUGUGAUGCAUGUUGACCGCGUCUCCUGCGCGUACACAGGGACUGAAGACUUUUGUCGGUUUUGUCCAGCUGGAGUCCUCCUUCUUCACCUGAACUUUGCAAGCAAUUACGGACGCGCUCCCUAUGUAUUCCUUCAUGACAUGACAUUUAAAGCCGUUUUAUAUUAAACAUGAUUGUGACUUCUA